CCCAGAUCCAGAGUAUUACUAUGUUUCUAUCUGCACUCCUCCUCCUCUCCCUUUUUAAGGAAGCUACUGCUCAAUUUCCCCGGCAGUGUGCUACAGUCGAGGCACUGACAAGCGGUGAAUGUUGCCCCGACCUUUCUCGAGUGGUGGUACCUGGCUCCGACCGCUGUGGAUCAUCCAUUGGGAGGGGUCAGUGUGUGCCAGUGGUAGCAGAUUCACGACCCCAUGGACCUCAGUACAUGCAUGAUGGUCGAGAUGACCGUGAGCAAUGGCCCCUACGCUUCUUCAACCGAACCUGCCAGUGCAACCGAAACUUUGCCGGGUACAACUGUGGUUCCUGCUGAGUGGGUUGGCGUGGACCUGCAUGUGAUCAGCAGAUUCAGAUAGUCAGAAGAAACUUAAUGGAUCUGAGUAGCGAGGAAAAGAAUCAAUUUCUUGAAGCCCUACAACAAGCCAAGACGACCGUGCACCCUGACAUUGUGAUUGCCACAAGGAGGCGGGAGGAAAUCAUCAAUCCUGAUACCAAUACCCCACAGUUUGAAAAUGUGACCAUUUAUAAUUACUUUGUGUGGUCCCAUUACUACUCUGUCAAAAAGACUUUUAUUGGACCAGGGCAACAGAGCUUUGGUGGAAUAGACUUCUCUCAUGAAGGGCCAGCCUUUCUCACCUGGCACAGGUACCAUCUCCUGCAGCUUGAGAGAGACAUUCAGGACAUGCUACAGGACCCUUCUUUUGCACUUCCCUACUGGAACUUUGCAACAGGUAGAAACACCUGUGACAUCUGCACAGAUGACCUCAUGGGCGCAAGAAGCAACUUUGAUGCCACUCUCAUAAGCCAGAACUCUCUCUUCUCCCAGUGGCGUGUUUUGUGUGCGAGUGUUGAAGACUAUGACACUUUGGGGACCAUUUGUAACAGCACAGAAGGUGGUCCAAUUAGACGAAAUCCUGCAGGAAAUGUUGCCCGGCCAAUGGUGCAGCGCCUUCCUGAGCCACAGGAUGUUGCUCUUUGCUUAGAAGUCGGAUUGUUUGAUACACCUCCCUUCUAUUCAAACUCAACGGACAGCUUUCGUAAUUCACUAGAAGGCUAUAGCCAUCCUUCUGGAAAGUAUGAUCCAAUUGUCCGUAGUCUUCACAAUCUGGCCCAUCUCUUUUUGAAUGGCACAGGAGGGCAAACCCACCUGUCUCCAAACGAUCCCAUUUUUGUCCUCCUGCAUACCUUUACUGAUGCAAUCUUUGAUGAAUGGCUGAGGAGACACAAUCCUGAUAUCUCAAUAUACCCACUAGAAAAUGCCCCCAUUGGACACAACAGACAAUACAACAUGGUACCAUUCUGGCCUCCUGUGACCAACAACGAGAUGUUUGUUACAGCACCAGAAAAUCUAGGCUACACUUAUGAAGUUCAGUGGCCAACUCGAGCUCUCCAUAUCACUGAGAUUAUAACAAUCGCCAUUGUAGCAGCAUUGAUCCUGGUUGCCAUUAUAUUUGCCGGAGCCACUUGUAUAGUUCACGCCAGAAGGAGGGAGGAUGAAUUUCACCAACCUCUUCUCACUGAGCAGUAUCAGACUUAUUCAGAUGAUUAUGACAACAUACCAACUCCCAGCCAGUCCAUGGUGUGAACUGGCAGCUGCUUAACUGCACUCUGCAGUGCUUGUCCUUCCUGAUCAACUUUACAAUAAUGAACAUUAAGAGUGACAAAACCUUGUUAGAUCUCAUAUCACCAGGGACAUCUUGAGACUUCUGUGGCUGCAAUAGGUUUUCUUCUUUAGAGUUGCUCUCCAUUUUCUUCAGUUCUGUGCACCUCACAUUUUUGCCAUGAAAUAAAAUGCCUUUCCAAUCAAAAUUGUAAGAG